AUGUCUAAGAACUCAGAGUUCAUCAACCUGUCGUUUUUAUUAGAUCAUGAGAAGGAGAUGAUCCUGGGAGUCCUAAAGAGAGAUGAAUAUUUGAAGAAAGUGGAAGACAAGAGAAUAAGGAAGCUGAAAAAUGAACUUUUAGAGGCAAAGCGUAGAAGUGGGAAGACUCAACAAGAGACCAGUAGAGUUUGUGUUCACUGUCAGAAAAACCUUGGCCUCAUCUUUGACCGGGGAGAUCCAUGCCAAGUGUGCACACUCAGGGUGUGCAGUGAGUGUCGAGUCACAGGCCUUGGUGGCAGCUGGAAGUGCACUGUCUGUGCAAAAGUCGCGCAGCUAAAGAUUAUAAGUGGAGAAUGGUUUUUUGAAGAAAAGGCAAAGCGUUUCAAGCAAGUCAAUGUUCUGGGCACUGAUGUUGUUCGACAGUCCAUCUUAAGAAGAAGUCCAGGAUCUGAAGACAUACAAAGUCAAGAGCAAGCCCGCCAAGAUGUAGACAAGUCGGAUAUGUCUUCUAUCAGGCAGAAGGCCAGCCAUGAAGGACCCAAGAGGAAGGGAUUUCUUCUGAGCAAGUUCAGAUCAGUAACCAGAGGAGAAAUCAGAACUCCAAAGCCUGAAAGUGGGAGGAGCUAUAGCUUGGAUUUAGAUAGUCAAAAUCUUCAGAAUUUCAAGUCAGCUCCUGGUUCAGACAGGAGAAGUGCCGCUUCAUCAGAUCUCAUUGACCAGGAGGCAGGACGUGGAACACCGAAAAACAGUUACAGCAAUGGUGGAAUCCCAGUCACUCAAAGGUCACCAGCUCCAAGUGCUCGUAGUGUGACGUCUAUCAGCAGUAGAGAACAUGGUUUUGAGAACUCCGUGGCUUUGGCUGCCGGUGAAAGCACUUCUGAGGAGCUCACAAAGAGUCACCGCAGAAACACGUCUGGCACUCCUUCUAUAGCAGUAUCUGGUGCCUCCCUUUCCUCAGACCGGAGUCGAUCUGAGUUAGAUUUGAGUGAGUCUUUUCCAGAAGACAUAGAGGACACUUCAAGCAUAAGAAGCAGAUCUGUCCCUGGGGCAUUAGACAAAGACUUGAACUCCUUAGAAGAGACUGAAGAUGGUGAUGAUGACUUAGUGUCAUCUGGGUUUUCUGCAAAUCCCCACAGUCUGGUAACAGGCCUGUCAACGAACUUCCAAGCAGGAUCUGAUAGGAAGAGGAGCUACCUAAAUGUGCCUGAUGCUGAUUCAGACACCACCAGCCUUAACAGCAUGAUGAGUGCUUACAGUGAAACAGGAGACUAUGGCAACGUGAAGGUCACGGGUGAAAUUCUUCUCCACAUUAGCUACUGCUACAAAACUGGUGGCCUCUACAUUUUUGUCAAGAAUUGCAGAAACCUGGCCAUAGGAGAUGAAAAGAAACAGAGGACAGAUGCUUAUGUCAAGUCAUACCUUCUUCCAGACAAGUCCCGAAGCAAUAAGCGCAAGACCAAAAUCAGGACAGGUACCAAUCCAGAAUUCAAUGAAACACUAAAGUACACCAUCAGCCAUACCCAGCUGGAAACAAGAACUCUGCAACUCUCAGUCUGGCACUAUGAUCGGUUUGGACGAAACAGUUUCCUUGGCGAGGUGGAGAUUGCUUUUGACUCAUGGAACUUUGAAAAUCCAUGCGAUGAGUGGUUUGUGCUUCAGCCCAAGGUGGAGUUGGCUCCUGAUAUUGGCCUUCAGUACAAAGGAGAGCUAACAGUUGUUUUACGUUACAUUCCUCCAGAAGAGAACUCUAUAUUCCCAGUAGGACAACCUCAAGGAAAGAAGACCUUUAAAAAGGGGAAGAAACAAGAGUCAGCUGUCAUCUCUGGGGGAAUACUUGAAGUGUUCAUCAAGGAAGCAAAGAAUCUGACCUCAGUCAAAUCGGGAGGCUCUGACAGCUUUGUGAAGGGCUACCUGCUUCCUGAUGAUAACAAAGCCACCAAGCACAAAACUGUGGUUGUAAAAAAGAGUGUUAAUCCUCAGUGGAAUCAUACAUUCAUAUUCAGUGGUCUGUAUCCUCAGGAUAUAAAGAAUGUUUGCCUAGAACUCACCAUCUGGGACAAGGAGGCCUUUUCCAGCAACAUCUUUCUAGGAGGUGUUCGUUUAAAUUCUGGAAGUGGUGUCAGCCAUGGGAAGACCGUAGACUGGAUGGACUCUCGUGGGGAAGAACAGCGUCUUUGGCAAAAGAUGGUUGACAACCCUGGAACAUCUAUAGAGGGAGUUCUCAUGCUACGUUCCAGCAUGGCAAAAUGUAGGCUCUAACGGGACCAGUUCUCCAAUAACUACAUCUCUGUUUGCCAACUGUUUUCUCUCAGCAUAGGACUGGAGCCUUGAAUACUAUUUCGUCGUCAUUUCUCACCUAAGGGUGUUAGGACAUGAGAGGAGAUAUGUCAGUGUUGUGAACAUUUAGGAUUUUGCUAAUUGUCUAAAAAAACAUAUGCUUCUAUAUGUUCACCUACUCAGGAUUCCCUAAUUAGACAAUAGGAAGUGUACCAUUCCAUCUUGCCAACAAUCGUUUUAUAUUGACAGAAAUGACACAAGUUUAUUGGAAAAUACUGUUGAGAUUAAGUUUCCUCAACACUUUUCCAAACAAAUUACUUAAUAUUUUUUCAGUUUGAGAAGAAAAGGGAGCACCAACAAGGUAUAUUGCUUCAAGAAUAACAAAGAGACAUACUUGCCACCUUUUGUGUAUCCUAGGACUGCCUGUCAUGUAAAGAAGACAUGCUAUGGAUGUUUUGAGAGAUGGGGUAGAAACCUUUUAUAGUGGCAAACUUCAGGAUGGAGAUGGUAAUGUUUCAAGAUGUACUGGUGGGAUUCUGGCAAUUUCAGAACUCAUUGUCUAAUUCAGUCUCUUUUUGAAAGUGAAGAGAGCUA